ACACUUGCCGUACCUCAUCGUUCCGCCGGCGGUGGUGAAGACCACGCCGAACAGAGAAAGGCAAACGGACCUGGUCGUCAUUCAAAUUGGACGGAUGAGCCGAACUGGGACAGAUCGCGCGCGGACCAUAAUGGACAGGCCCGAGAUAGGAAACUCGACUGCCCGAAACGCUCAACCGCGGUCCUUCCGUGUCUCUCUCCGACGAUCUCCUCACUCCCCGCUCAGUCGAGGCCUCGCGGAGGCGCCCAUGACCGCCCAACGUGGCUCGUUGGGAUCAAGUUCUCGUGCUGCUCCUGGACGACGUGCUGAAAUACCUCCAGAGUGCAGGCGCCGACUGGUGUGGGAUGCCCAAGGUAGGAAGGAGGGUUGCCCGAAAUGUAUGCCGGCGGUUCAACGUUCAGCGCCCGUACCCGGGGACGCGGGACGUGUUCGCUGGAUCUCGAGGCGCGAACACGCUACCAAGCGGGCGGGCGAUCGCACUGCAGGGUCGGGUUGCCCCUUGCAUCUCCAGUGUGCGCUCGGAGCCUGUACGUCGCUCGCUUGGUGGCGACUGCACCCGCUCGAGUUCGAAGGCGAGCGCAGACGGAGUGGCGGAGCGCACGGAGGCUCGUCACAUUCGGACCUCUGCCCGCCGCUCUAUAGCACCAGUCCGAAGACGUACGCGGCGCAGAGCAGCACCCUCGUCUCUAGGAAGCUGUGCGUACAGGGUCCUAAAUCGACUUCAAUGAUUUGUCGGACUCACGACAGCGGCAACAAUGGAUCGCGUACUUGUCCCUAACGGCCAAGGCACACAGAGAAGGGGGACGUGGUUUCGAUCCCCCGUUCAUUCCGUGCUGAGCGGAUAUGAUGAGACUUCCGAGUUCCAGGAUCCAUACGCCCGCCUGUCGCUGGCGAUCAAUUGGCUGGCCUAGCCUCCGCCGCGCAAGCGCGCGCCAAACGCCUCCCGAGUCGA